AUGAAAAUAUUUUUUGAGGUGUCUAAAAAACAAAUAUCUGGCAAAGAAGUGUAUUUGGGAUUUAUUUUAUAUUCAAUAAUCAAUUAUUUAUACAACUAACCUAGAAUUGAUAUAGAUGAUUAAUGCUUCUAAAUGGAAGGAAAGUAAUAAAAUAUAGAAAAUCAUCAAAUCAGAGUAAAAUAAAUUAAUAAUCAUUUAGGUUUAAAUACGUUUUUUAAAAUUCUGCAAAUUUCAACUUCAUAUUUUUGGAAGAUAUAUACAGAGUGGAAUACAAAACCCAAAAAGUAUUUGAAUCUGUUUUUUUUAGAACUAAUUAAUUAGAAGAUUCUCUUAUUUAAAAGUUAAGAUCUGUCUAAACCUAAAUUAAGGAGUUUAAAAAGGUUGGGUAUAAAACCAGACCCAUAAGAAUUAUCAAUUAUUCACCAAAAGACAGUUUGCAAUAAUUAAACAUAAGUUAAAUUACAUAAUUUCCCUUCAAUUGAUAAGACCAAUAAAUUCAAAAUUUUGAGAUGUAAUUUAUUGUAAGAUAGAAAUUCCUUAUAUUUAUCAAAGUUUUCUGAAUUGGAUAAGAAGGGAACAUUUUAAUAGUUCACCAUUUAUAAUUAGUUAUCAUGCUAGAAUCUGGGUAAAUAAGAUUUAAAAAAUAUGAAGAAUGACUUCAAGUACGCUAAGAUUAAUCAGGAGUGA